ACAUCAGAUCUGUCUCAAACUUAUUAUGUGACAUCACCAGGUGGGACACUAUCAGUGAGAAGUUUUUGCUGUUACUGUAAUGCACGGAAGAAAGCUCCUCCUCGCGCCGAACCCGCGUGUCUCCGUGUAGCUGCGCGCGCCGCCGCUCGGCAUAAAUCUCAGCGGACAGACAGCUGCCAGUUCGACAGAAACGAGCAUAAUGAGCAGGUGUGACGUGUUUUUCUACCGAUACCGAAGUUCGGCGUCCCUCUGAGCCCCGCUCGGAUGUUUCUGCGGAGUUUAUCAGAGAAGUUUCGCUUCUGCUCCACAUUCCUUCAAACUACAGGAACUUUUUUGGCGCCGCGCUGAGAGUUUGAGGGGCGAGCUGCUCGGAACCACGGAGAUCCAGCUUAGAGGAGACCUUUGUUCGCUUGAAAGAUCAGUUCGAGCAGCAGCAGGUCUGUUUACACGCUGAACAACUGGAUUUCGGGAAUAAACUGAAAAACUGUGGCGAUCCGGAAAUAAACAUGAACGUCAGAUGAAACUCUUGGAUGAAAUACCGGAUCAAAAUGACAGAAUCCCCAGAACGCCGCUCUUCCGUCUCCUCUGUCUCUCUGUUGGAAGUCAAAGCGGAGACUCAUCUGAUCCUCCAGGCUUUCCUGGACCAGACGCUCGCCAUCCCUCAGAAAGAACGGGCUGGCAGAGUGGGAGGGGCCUACAGUGACCACAACAAGUUCUGCAUGAAGCCCAAACCCAAAGCAAAGGCUGAAUCCGAAUCCCAGGUGGAAAAUGAGGAGGAGAAGAAGCCGAAGGGCCUCCUCCCGAAGCUGCCUCUCCUCAUCUCCUCACGUCACGCCGCCAAAGACCCCAAGGGCUCGCUGAACAGAGACGUUUCCCCGGUGGAGGUGUCCUCGUCCAGCUCUUCAGAUGAAGGUGACGGUGAGAAGAAAAGGAAAGAAAAAAUAAAGAAGAUCCAAAAGAGACUCUCGUCAUUCUUUAAAAAAAAGGAAAAAACCAAGAAAGAGAAGAACAAAGAGGGAGAAGAGAACCACCUUCCACGGCCGAACACGCUGCCCCUCUCCACAAGAUCUGCAACCAGACCAGGAGAUGCUCCUGUCUCUCCAGGUCAUCCUCCAGACUUCUACAGCAACGUGGCAGGAAAGCUGGAAAAGAUCGCUCAGACCUCCAUCAAGAAAAGGACUCCGGGGCCUCAAGGCCCCCUACCAGAUGUAGGAGAAAAAGAAAAACUGAUCCAGGAUCUGGCUCAGGCGCUCUCUUUUGAGGGAGACUCCAUCAACGAAAAGAUCCAGGCGAACCCCUUCCUGCGCUCCAGCUUGAGUCGACUGUCCUAUGCAUCAUUUGCCAAGCUUCUGGAUAACUACAGCAACGCUCAGGUGGCCCAGGUUUCAGAUCUGCCGCCAUCGGAAAGUCCAACGCUACGCCGCAUCGCAGUCUCCAUGGAGGUGUCGCGGCGGAUCGUGACGGCCACGGGAACGCAGCGCACACAGGGCUACGCUGAGCGCUACAUGGAGACCUUCGUCCCCUGGAUCAAACAGCAUGGAGGCUGGGAGAGCGUGGUGGAGGAGUUUGAUUGACUUCAGGACGCUUUGUGAGGUUUGAAACCAGAAAAUAAGAGCGUUCGUCUGGUUUGAAACUGGAUAAGCUAAGAAAACCCAACGGAGGAGCAGUAGAGAUGUGAGACCCCUGUGACCGCCGCCUCUUCACAUGGGAGGGGGGUCUGUACUGCCACACCAUGAAGGAGCGUUCUUUAUGAAAGAGCCUCUGGCUGCUUCUGUUGGAAUGAAAAGGUUGAUGUUUACAUCGUUUCACAGACGUUCGAUCUUUGAACCUUGGUGCUGCUUUCAUGUCACGUCAUGACUCACAAAGCUGGAUCACUAUUAAUCUCUGAUCAUAUUGAUAGAAAGGUUCUGUCAUGCCACUCUCCCCUGAGUCUGGAUGGUGCUGGCCUGCUAUGGCUGCCACCCUGGUACACUACAUCAGCUCCAGCUCCAGCUAGAGCGCUCCUACGCCAUGAAGCCUUUGUUUUUCUGAGUGUCACCCAGUGAUGAUGUCAUCAGCUAUGAGACGCUCGGCUGCAUUACCUUAAACCCAGACGAACGUCUGUGCAGGAGUCAGAGGUUGUGGCGGCGUCUGAACUUCACUGCGGUGAGAAAAGCCUGACGGCUGGUUUACAGAACAUGAUGGGACUCCUGGGGUCAGAGGUCACCGUUUCUUUUCGUAAAGCGGGAGCUGCCAGGGCUUUAGCUGACCGUCUGUGCACUCGCUGAGGCCUCCGUGUCUGCAGAAACUGCUGCCAUGCAGCAGGCCUGGAGGCCGUUGGGGACAGACAUGAAACGAUCUGCGCUCAUCACCGCCAUCCUUCCACGCCCUCUUUGUUCUUCCUUCCACUCCAUUGACAAAAAAAAGAAAAAGCAGUGGGUACCUGUACGAGUGGGUCAGUCCAGGAUCUCCUCCCACUGAACUGACGGUUCCCGCCAUGAGCUGAUUGCUGCAGCGCCUUUUUAUAUUUUCAUUUUUUUAGUUUACUUUUAGAUGAAACUGACGGAGUAUUAACUUGUGAAACCAUUCUUGUGUGCAGCUGUGAAAAGAGCAAAUCAUCAUUAUUACUCCUCCGUGCUUGACCGUUGGACUUCUGGUAAAAAGAAAAGGAAACUCACCUAAAAUGACCAAAUGUUCCUUUGAAACAUCAGCUGGAGACUCUGGCAGCAAACGGAGAACCCGUAAAUCCAGUAAACCCAAUAAAUUAUAUUACUUUUAUGGAUGAAACUAUGUUUUUCAGGAAGCAGCAGUUAGUUUGUCUGGAAUCAUAAGUGGUGAGUCUAAGCCCCGCCCCCGGCCCUCUACCUGUUCGUUGUUUUGCCCUACAUCCCCCCCCCCCACGUGUUCAUACAGACAGCUCAACAUACGGUCAUCGUAGCAGCAAGGUGACAGGAUAGUGGGGGCGCCCUGACGCUAAUUUAAUUCAUUCUACAUGGAAAUGGAGGUUUUAGUCUAGGAAAAAACAGGCUUUCUUCUGGGCGUUCAUGUGUCCUCUACCAGAUCACCUCCGACUGUCUUUCUAGAAGAACUUUCCAUCCCAUAACAGACUCUGGUCGGCGUUCACAGCUGCAGACACGCCCCCUCCGCAUUCACGCUGCUCUCUUCCUCCUGCUCGCUCGCCCUACCUGACGGUGUUAAAGGCUCCACAACAAUCUGAGAACAUGACAGUUAUUUUACUAAACCACAGAGAAACGCAGCCCAGGGAGGAAAGAGCUGCAUGCGGCUCCGGAGCCGCCGGUUGCCGGGUUAUGUUCAAAAAAGGUGCAAAAUGAAGUCCGACAUUGUGACAAUGUGAACAACUGUGACCUUCCUGUGUUUUAUGGGGAGUUUGCUCUGGAAAAUGUUUAUGAUGUUUUGACAUGAGAUUUUAAAUGUUAAUGAUCAUAUAAAGCUUUAACUUAUGUUUUUUAAAGUGAGACAUGUCAUUGAUGUAAACCACAUAAACGAGGUGUUUGUGUCCGUCACACGCUUGUGGAUCCUGAGCCUCAAACAGUGAACCUCUGGUGAAGACGAGCUGCUGCUUCAUCUUCUCCUCAGCAGACUGCUGGACGGAGCAGCAAAGACACGGUGUCUGUCAGUCUGAAGGCUGGACCAGGACUGGUCCAGGACUCUGGUCUAGGACUCUGGUCCAGGACUCUGAACCAGGACUCUGUUAGACCUGUUUCAAACUGGCAGUAUGUUGUGGCAUUUAUGACACUCAUGAAUAAAAUGUUUGCGACACAC